CAGCGUGUCUCUCUUUAAUUUUAAGUGAGAAUGAUUAGCAAACACACAUAGGAACCUCUCUUGCUUUCUGAUUGGCCGUGGCCUCGUUUGUCUGUCCAUGGUCCCACCCCUCGCAGCAGCUCCCUCACAUCCCGUGGGCCAGUUGGCACGAUCCAUUUUUAGUGUGACAUGCGGUUCAGCCCCGGGCUGCCGUUCAGAGCCGGGGCGCCCUUCUGGCGAGCGGGCCGGCCUCUCAUUGGAGCGUUUAAGCUGCCAGGGGCCUCGCCUGCUUACUGGGCCUGCGUAUGUGCGUGUGCGGGACUGCAGUGCCCUUAUCCUUGCCUGAGUCUCCCCAACUCCCCUCUAGUGCCAUUGCCUUCUUGGAAGCCCUGGUCUGCAUCAAGUUCGGUCAGGACCUGUUCUCCAAAACGCAGAUCCUCUAUGUCAUCUUCUGGCUUCUGUGUGUGGCUUUCACCACCUUCCUCUGCCUCUAUGGGAUGGUGUGGUACGCGGAGAAAUACGGACCGAAGAGGCCGAAGACCCUGUCAGAAUGUGAAGACAGCAGCUACACUAACUCCUGUGGCCAUGCCCCCACCAUCUCCAAGGGCGAUAAAGAGUCUGGGAGUGGUGCACAGUCAUCGCGGAAGAGGAAGGGAUCCGGGAGGAAGAAGACCAGCAAUGGCCUGGGGGGCAAAAAGUAGCAGGGGCUUGCAGAUAUGGGGGAGGGAGAAGAGUGACCACAACUGACAGACCUGCAGCAAGGAAAAGGGCUAAUUGUUGUAUUUUUUGAGGAGGGGGCCACUGAAACACAGAAUUGGGCCUUGACCAUACGAGCACCUGGGGCCAGUAUCACAGGGUGUCACCCUGCCUACAUUACUGUUCUCUAUCCCCCAUUGUAGGGCUUAAAUAGGGUGACCCCCACCCACAGACACACAGGCAACAAUGCGCUAACUAAACACCCACCCCCCGGCAGUCAGUCAGCUGGCUUCCCUGUCUGUGUACUCAUGCGGAUUCUAAAUGCAUCCUGCUCUCUGGCUAAAUAAGGCCUGGAAUGUGAGCAGGAAGCAGCCCCAGCGAGCCGUGUGUGUGACCGGCAUGUUUAUGGGUCACCAUGGUGACGGGACGCUGUCUAUGCACAUGGCGUGUCUGGCUGGCCAAAUGGGGGGGGGGAGGGUUCAGAUAAUUUUGGGCCCCCCAGGCCCAUUUCUUGCCAGCCCCUCUCAACAUCCCCCGCCCCGUGACAAAUAGUCACUUUUUAAAAAAAAAUCUUAAAAACAUAGUGUAUGUACAGCAAAAAUUUCUGCAAGUUUGUUCACUCUCCUCCUCAUCUGAGAGGUCGCCCCGUGGCCGUGUUCACGUGGCCUGUCUGUUUUAUCUCUCCCCCACCCCUUAACCCCCCCCACCCCCAAACCUGUGUGUGUGUCUGUCUGUGAAUAAGCCCUGCUGUGGGCUUGAGUGUCCUCACUGCCGGAUUCCCCCUGACCUGACUGAUGGCACAAAGGUCGUCAUAAUGGCUGUCAGAAGCUCUGGGCCUUUCGCUCCCCCCUGGGUGCUGGGGCCACUUCUCUAGAGGCCAGAUGUAGAGCCUCAGUCUUUUUGUGGCUGGGGGGCCCGGCUACAGAGACGCAGUUGGAGCACUUAUCCCCUUUGUCCAUUAGUAGUGCACAUGUGGGCCAAAUUUAUCAAACUUUUGCACCAGUAAUAUUCAUAUAUUCCCCAGUACUAACAUGUAUGUCCUGUGCAAAUUCAAAAGGAAAAAACUAAGUUUACAGCUUGUUUUUAACCUUAACUUUUAUUCCAUGUUAAAAAUGGGUAUUUUUCCACCAUCAUUUAAUUUUCAUUACCUGUGUGGUACGGUUAUCUCAACGCAAUGGGUUUUUUUUUUUUUUUUUUUGCAUGGUUAUGUAAUGUUACAGGAUAAAUAGAUUACUACUUGCAUGUGUUUUUGUAUUAGCAGGUAUCCGUAUGUUAAUCACUAAUGUCUGUCAUGUGAUACAUGUUUUGUGCCUGAUGGGAAGAUGGUCUUGGUGUGUCUUUUGGUUCCCCACACCGUGUGAUCUCCGUUAGUCUUCCCACAUUAUGUCUGAGAUCACCCCGUAUCGUAAUCGCCUUUGCUAUAUUCACGAGAGGCCAUUUUGCUGAGCGGCGCCGUGCAUCACGGACAGGCAGGUGAGAUUACCGACGGUGAACAGACUGAUUGCUCUCUAAGGCUUUCAGCCUGAAUCAGUCACCUCAGCAGUGACCGUAAGUCCCAAGCCUGCAAACCGUCCUGUAACUGCCUUGCUCAGUAUGAAGAGAAUGUUAUUCGCAGCUGUGACAAUGUUAGUUUUUUUCCUACAAAGGACCGAAGCACACUGAUGAAGUGGCUGGCAUUUAAAUGUAGUGAGUGAGUGAGAGAUUGAAUGAGAGUGAAUGUAGGACUGUUUGGACAGUAUGCCCUAUGACUGAAGAACAGGGAGGGGAGAUCCUUUAAAAAGAUUUCUUUGUACUUCUGGUAUUUUAACAAGAGACAGCUGCAUUGAUAUGCAAGUGACACUGAAUUUUAUAGGUAGAAAAAAAGAAAAAAAAACAGUAUGAAACUAACCAGUAUGUUUGCUGGUGGUCAUUUGUGUAGAAGCACCUGGAGUGUGUAAAGAUGCAUUUGUAAUACGUGACCCUGACUUUUGAAUAAAUACUGUAAACACUG